AUGGAGACUUUAGUUCUAAUUCCUCAAGAACUUAGUCUCGCUUUACGGCCAGGGGGUGCUAGGGGGAGAGAAGCUUCUGUCAGCGUUUGGACAUCAACUGAGAUUCAAAGGGGUGCAUUAUUAUACCCUUUUCAAGGGACCAUUAGGAUCGACAAACUUCAUGUCUACUCGUAUGUACCUGAUCACGAUGUACGUCAUCGAUUCGGGCUGUUUGAUGAAGUAUGUACUUCAGCAGGAGUGCAAGUUCGUCACUGUAAUUGGGUUAGAUUUCUACGGGUGUCAGAAAACUAUGGACCACAGGUGAACCUAGUAUGUACAAAAGUAAAGGGAGAACCAGUGUACGAAGCGGUUAAACCAGUAUCUGCGCACACUGAGCUGGUAGUCUACUAUCUUCCAGAAAGACCUGAAGAGCUAUUCUUCGUAAGAAUGAGGAAUAAUCUGUACAGACAGACAAUGGAUUCUAUAUUGGAAGAUUCACCUUUAGAUCUUUCCACAUCAUUACUCUCAAGAGUUCUUCUACCAAUAUCUCCUCCAUCAGGAGCUGAAGAUGAACACAAAUCUGUAUCUGGUGACUCCUUAACAUCUUCAUCCGCUGGUUCAUCGACUGAACUUCUAGAAAUGACACCAAAAAUUCAGAGAAGGCCCGCUAAGUCUGAAAGAGCUUUGCUCCCUUGCGAAGUUUGUGGAAAGGCAUUCGACAGGCCAUCACUUUUAAAAAGGCAUAUGCGAACACACACCGGUGAAAAGCCUCAUGUUUGCAUGGUAUGUAAUAAAGGCUUUAGUACAUCCAGCAGUCUUAAUACACAUAGAAGGAUACAUUCUGGUGAAAAGCCUCAUCAGUGUCAGCAUUGUGGGAAAAGAUUUACGGCGAGUUCAAAUCUCUAUUACCAUAGAAUGACACAUAUAAAGGAAAAGCCUCACAAAUGCAGUCUAUGUUCGAAAUCGUUUCCGACCCCUGGCGACCUCAAAUCUCAUAUGUAUGUCCACAGCGGUUCGUGGCCUUACAAGUGCCAUAUCUGCUCCAGAGGAUUUUCGAAACACACCAAUCUGAAGAACCAUCUCUUCCUUCACACUGCUAAACAUCAACGUAACAGCACCAGAGACACAACUUGA